AUGCUCUUAGUUUUAUUUGUGUAUCUUUUUGUAUACGGAGUCUGCGGUUGUGUCCUCUGCCCCUUCAGAAUCCCGCCGUAUCCCCGACCAUUGGAUCAAUUUCGGAUUCCAUCUAUUGAAAAGAUUCUAGAUGCGUCAGAUUCUGUAGUCACAUUAUGUCGAAACAGCACCAGGUAACAAAGAUAAGGUGAUAUUACGCUGAAACCAGACUUGAUCUAGUGUCUGCAUCUUGUCGGAGCGACGUGAACCACCUGUUCUGCUCGUUGAAAGAUCUGGUCGACAACUAUAAGACCGAAUGUCCAGGUUCCGAGUCAGCAGAAGCUUGCACAACUUGUCGUCGCAACCUGACAUCACAAAAGAAUAGGAAUUCUUGGGUAAAAACAUGUAAGAAUGCACAAAAAUGAUAAUUGAAUUUCAGGGAUUGAUUCUCUAGGAAAAAUGCCGUCCGGCAUUGGUGAUGGAAAUUAUCAUUGGCUUGGUGAUUACGAGCAAUGCAAACAUCUUCAAAGGUAUCCGGUAAUUGUAAAUGGCAAGGUUCAUUUAGUGCGGGAAUAUUUAAUGGAAGAUAUUGUUUGAUUGAUUUCGCUGUGCCUGACUCCGUAUCCACCUUGAAAUGUGAACAUACCGAGCCCUUAGAGGUAUCUUUGGGUGCUUGUCUGCCUUCUAGUUGUUCCAUUCCAGAGGAUAUUGAACUUGUUGAACGUAAGCAAGGUCGCUGAUACAUGUCACGAUGACUUUAGAUGUGACUGCACUUAAAGUAAACAUUCGAUGCGAACCCCAGGAAGAAUGGUCGCUGCCUUCGCUGAUUUUCUUGUAUGUUGUCCCCAGAAAUUAACUGACUUAUGCUAUGAUUAUUUUACAGUUUUUCCAUCGUUGGAUGGGUAGUUGCAUUAUUUCUUGCCACAUUUGUUGACUGGCUUGUUGUAUUAUCCGAGUCUUCGACCAUUAAGAAGAUUGUGCAUGCACUAUCGUUGCAAAGGAAUACUCAAGAAUCCUUGAGAACUACUCGCACACAAGAUCAGCAGUUAUUUGCAGUCCAAGGAUUACAGGUUCUGUUUGUGAUCUUCUUGGUGUCUGGCAAUGUUUUCUAUCUUGCUAUCCCAUAUUUGGGUGAGUACAGUUUUAUUUUUUGAAAUAAAAACUCGUUUAGAGAACGUUUCGUAUGCAUAUGAUCUCUCAACUUCAUUCUUCUAUCAACCGAUAGUGAACUACAGUUUCUUUGUGGACGGCCUUCUUGCUUUAGGGGCUCUUCGGUUGGUUUUAAAGCCCAGGGAAGAAUUCAGAACAGUGAAUGGGAUCGUGUUAUUACUCGCCAAUCGAUUAAUUCGGUAAUAUUUUUUGCGUCCCGACAUUUCGGGUCAGGGACAGCUCGGGUCGCGACCGGUCGGGUCAACGACACCUCGGGUCAACGUCAUUUCGGGUCAACGAUACCGUUUAAUAUUUUCGCUUCGGGACUGGAAGCGAAAAAAAAGAAUUUUUUGGUAAAUUUGAAAAAUGUUUGAAAUGUUUUCGCUUCGGGACUUGGGAAAAUGGAUUUUUUGAAGAAUGUGAACAAAUUUUUGAAAUGUUUUCGCUUUCAUUUCCAUACAAUCAUUACGACUAUCUUCUUACUCCACUCUCUGGCACUGUCUGUGUUUAAAUCCCGUGCUUCCAGUUAAAAACAUAAACAAUGGAUACGAUUUUCUUAUUUCCUCGUCGCUUAUAAACACUACUUCUCUUAAAAAAAUUAGAAAAUAAAAACUCAAUUCUCAAAAGAAAUCAUUUUCCCCCAGUCCCAGCGAAAAAAUUUCAAAAUUUUGUUCAAAUUGUCCAAAAAAUCUUUUUUCCCAAGUCCCGAAGCGAAAACAUUUCAAAAAUUUUUCAAAUAUACCAAAAAUUCUUUUUUCCCAGUCCCAAAGCGAAAAUAUUAAACGGUGUCGUUGACCCGAAAUUUCGUUGACCAGAGGUGUCCCUGACCCGAAAUGUCGUAGCGCCUUUUGUUUCAUAAGACGCGAUUCGAAAUUAGCUGGACGGUAGCUUAAAUGAAAUUACAAUUUAAGAGUGUGGCCGGCCUACUUGUUCAUUAACUUCUUCAUUGCACGCAUCUAUGAUCGUCUUGGAGAUGGCCCCAUGUGGUCUUACAACGAUCUUUCCAAGAGAUGUUCAGAGAAUUUACUCUCUAAUAUACUCCUUCUAAACAAUAUUCUUGGGACUAAACAUACUGUAAGUGUAACUUACAAGGUAACCUUCCAAGUAGUGUUUAGACGGGGGCUUUUUAUUCGCUUUAAAAACCCAACUCUUUACUUUUGGGUUAAUUAUAUUGUACAUGAAGAGCAAGAUAAGGAGAAGGGCGAUUCUCUGGGCCCUGCUGACAAUCCUCGCCGUCUCCGUCGUCUACAAUUUUACACUGUCAUACCGAGAAGGCCUUUAUUCUACUCUUAUCCCGACCGAGAAUAUUAAAGAGUAAGUUAAUUACAGGUUCUCGGGAAUAUUAUAUUAUGGUAACUGACUUGGCUGACGCGGCAGUCUUUUUUAUUUCAGUCUGAAGGGAUACGAGGUAUUUGUAAACCGAAUCUACAUGAAUCCGUUGGGAAGAUCAGGGCCUUAUAUUAUCAGCUUGAUUAUGACAAUAUUGUAUAAGGAAUCACAGAGAAAUACGUUCAGUCAGGUAUGUUACUUUAGAGUCACCCUACGCAGAAGGUUUCACAUUCUCUAAUUCCCUGAAGACCUAGACUAUCGAAACUGCCAAUUUCAGAUGCGAGGAUCGGUCGUCUUCUGUAUGAAUGUGAUCGGCCUCUUAUUAAUUAUUUGGACACCAUUUUAUCUUGACUCUAGCCAUAGCAGCAUAUUGAACGCUAUCUAUUCUAGUGCUCAUCGCACAGUUUGGGCCUUCUUGGUGGUCUGUGCAGUGUUCAGUCUGAAUCACAUGAGCAAAGGGAAUGGUAAGUUUGCAACGAUCGGACAGUGACUGUCGUUUACAGUAUUCCGCGGUUUAUCUGAUACCUUCGCCCAACUUUUUCUCUUUGUUUUUAUAAUAUUUCCAGCGCUGAAUGCGAUCCUCGGAUGGAGAGUGUUUCUGCCUUUGAGCAAGUUGACGUAUUUGGUGUUUCUGAUCUCGGAGCCCGUCGCCCUCUCAUUGUUCGCUUCCCUCCAUCGCCCCACAUACGCCACUUCUCUCUCCACGGUGGGUCGCAAGAAUUAGGAAAGGGAGAAAAAGCUCCGGGAUUACUGUAGCGUCUUCUUUCAGCUGCUGACCUGUUUGGGCAGUGUCUAUGUGUCGUAUGUGAUCGCCUUUCUCAUCGACAUUGGAGUGGCACGACCAGUGCGACAUCUUCUGGAAGCAUCCAUUCCGUGGAUAAAAUCGAACCGAGGCUGA